AAGUAUCUUAGAGACCUAGAAGCUUUGAUUCUACAUAUAAUUUCCUCAAGGACAAAACAUGUUGUAUUCCCAUCAAAUUGCACAAUGCAAGAUACAACAUAGAAGGUGAAAGGAUAUUAUCUUAAGAUGGACAUGUCCAAACUUGAAGAUAACUAAAUGAAUCUAAAAGGUUCAGAGGUUCCCAACACCAUCAGGUUGUGGGCAAAUGAAUGUAAAGAAGAAGUUCCUGGCAACAAAAUCAAUGUUCUUGGGAAGGAUAACCAACAACAAAAAGAGAACUGGUCCAAGGCCAGUGGUUUUGCUAGUAGAUGUCUACAACAAAGAACCAAGAUCACAAUGACAGAAAAGGACCCUGAGCCACAUGUGGUGGAGGAGGAGGAUGACCUGGAUGGCAAGCUUAAUUACAAGCCCCCACCUCAGAAGUCUCUGAAGGAGCUGCAGGAGAUGGACAAAGAUGAUGAAAGUCUUGCCAAGUAUAAGAAAACUCUACUAGGGGAUGGACCUGUGGUAGCAGAUCCAACUGCUCCCAAUGUAGUAGUCACUCGACUCACCCUAGUCUGUGACACUGCCCCAGGACCAAUUACUAUGGAUCUUACUGGAGAUCUUGAAGCUCUCAAGAAAAAGACCUUUGUGCUAAAGGAAGGAGCUGAAUAUAGAGUCAAAAUUAAUUUCAAAGUGAACAAGGAUAUUGUGUCAGGGCUGAAAUAUGUGCAGCAUACUUACAGGACUGGGGCUAAAGUGGACAAAGCGACAUUUAUGGUUGGCAGCUAUGGGCCUCGGCUAGAUGAGUAUGAGUUCCUGACACCCCCAGAGGAGGCCCCCAAGGGCAUGAUAGCCCGGGGCACUUACCACAACAAGUCCUUCUUCACCGAUGAUGACAAACAUAACCACCUCACCUGGGAGUGGAAUCUGUCCAUUAAAAAAGAGUGGACAGAAUGAGCUCCUUGCUCUCUAUGCCCUUCCCGACCACCCCCUUGCCUGCCGUACUGCUAGUGAAUUAUGUAUUCUAAAACUUCACAGUUAUGUUCUUCUUCCUGUGUGCCCCUUACCCAGGGUCUCCAAACUCUCCAACUAUUCUCAUUGCCACAUGGCACCCUGGGAAAUUUAAUUGGUACAAUUGGCAUUUGGUACAAUUUUGAGGGUAGUCCAGGCCUCUUUUCCUUCUGUCCUGCAAACAAUAUCCUCGUUUCACCACAAAAGCAGAAAGUGUUUAAAUCCAAAUUCCCUUUUACUCCCUUCUCCUUUUGAGACUCUUUGAAAAUCCCUAAUUUGACCAACAUGAACAUUUCCUUCAGGUACCAUUUACCCUUCCCAUGAGCUAGUGAAUUAUAUAGAGAAAAAGAAUGACAAGAGACAGAGAGAAAGAGAAACAGAGAAACUAAGAGAGAGAAAGAGAGAGAAUGCAAUCUCCCACUAGCAGUCCACCCAGGUGUUCCAGAACAGAUUUCCUUUGGAAUAUCCUAUAAUGGUUGCUGCUAUCCUGAUAAAGGGUCUUAAACUGCCUUAAUCUGUCUUUUAUGAAUAAAGCCACCUUGGGGUCUUCUAUUUGUGAGCAAAACUGUAAACAAUUCAAUAGUUUAUGAAUAAAAUUAUUGCUGUCCAAUA